AUGGAGGCUGGCGGAGAAAUCUUGAAUAUGUGGAACGGGGUAUUGGUCAGGGUAUGGUAACGCAAUUAAGACCACGAUAGUCCCCGCAUGGACGCCAGUCCCCAGGUUGAGAUUUGGGAACCAUGUGAAGUGGAGAGGCCCAAGAACUACUGGAGGGGCGGAUAAUUCCCUUGUCCAACAUAUGUUGAAACUCAUCUUUAGCGAUCUUCAGUCGUUCUGGUGGAAGGCGCCGGGGUCGAGAAGAGCAAGGUGGUCCUCGCGUAAGGAUGUGGUGGGCGACAUUGUGCGUAACAGCAGUUUGCUUGGUUGUUGGUCUGGUAAUGUCUGGAUACUCGCCGAGGAGUGUCGUGAAAGGAGUUGGAGGGAAAGGAGCAAAGACAGGACUAAGAGCUGGUAUUGGCGAAGUAAUACCGUUAACACGAAGGUGGGUUACUGCGUCAAUAAGGAUGCGUGUGCGUAUGUCAACGAGAAGGUUGAAAUGGCGAAGAAAAUCAGCGCCGAUGAUGGCGUGGUUGACGUCUGCGAUGGUGAAAAUCCAGGGAAAGGAUCGUCGAAGACAGAGGUUGAUGGUUAA